AUGGCGCUCAGGUUCCGCUACCACAUCUUCCCAGUACCAUUCCUCGCUCUGGAACACACCAAGUUGGAGGAGCGUCUCUCAUCUCACAGCCACCUCACCACUGCACUUGGCCCUAUAGUGUUUUUCCUCGUCGCCAAGACCCCGUUGUCAAAGCAUCACGGCCAGAGUGUUCAUACGUCCAGCAUGGUCAUGCCUUCGCCCAUACCGCUAGCAUUCGCUUCUCCUCUAACUACUAUCUGUCGGAAUGACCUCCAUCGAAUAGCAUCUGCCACAUCUCAUCCUUGCGACCUCGUAUCCUUAGUCAGUCGGCGCAUAAGAAGACUCCUGAUUACAUGCAUCUUAGACCUUUCUUUUUUUUACAUUUCGUUGCUUUUUGGGCUGGAACCAGGAUUAGCCCAACUAUAA